CGGAGGCGUAGGGAGUGCUUCCUGGAGCACAGAGGAGGUCACAAGUCAUGUGACGGCGGCUUGCGGAGGAACCUGUCUUGGAAGCUUGUCCCUGAGGCGGUGGACAGCCACGAACCUUGCUGCGCAAAGAGCCGGGCGUGGAUCUUGAACCCGCGGGAGAAAGGGGUGCAUCAUGGCGGAUGACCUAAAGCGAUUCCUGUAUAAAAAGUUACCAAGUGUUGAAGGGCUUCAUGCUAUUGUUGUGUCAGACAGAGACGGGGUGCCUGUUAUUAAAGUGGCCAAUGAUAAUGCUCCAGAGCAUGCUUUGAGACCUGGUUUCUUAUCUACUUUUGCCCUUGCAACAGACCAAGGGAGCAAACUUGGACUUUCAAAAAAUAAAAGUAUCAUCUGUUACUAUAAUACCUACCAGGUGGUUCAGUUUAAUCGUUUACCUUUGGUGGUGAGUUUCAUAGCCAGCAGCAAUGCCAAUACAGUGGCCGGUACACCUGAAGGAAACCCAAGAUUGCGCUACUUUCUGGACAGUUGCAUCACGCUGCCGACUCACACUGAACCUACUGUUGAUUACCUCUCACAUGUAAAAAAAAAAAAGCGUUUCCACCUUGUGAGGCUAGAAAGAGAAGUUGACUUUCUGCACCCUGGAAAGGGACCCUCACCAAAACCCAACCAUGCUGGCACCCUGAUCUCAAGCUUCAAGCCUCCAGAACUUACCCCUCCCUGCUGGAACCUUCUGGGAAGUCGCCCCAGCACAGUGGAACCUUCAUAGAUUCUUAUCCCCUAUCCCUCACCAGCACUGCAUAUGUCAACAACAGAUGGAGCCCUGAAUGAAUGGGAAAGUGAAUGAAUGAAACAAAGUGACCCCACUCAACAUGAAGAACCUGUGUGAACAGAUGUCCACAUGUAAGGCGAAGGAAGUCACCAUCACCCAUAGAGGAACAGAAAACACAACAACUGAAGAGGAAAUUUGCUUGAGUCAAAGAGAGAGCAAACUGCACACCAGUUACAUAUUCUCCUACCGCCCCAAGAGACGCACCUUCCGUUUUCAGACUCCAAGAUUACAGAAUUGUGCACAGAAGAGGAACAAGCGUUAGUGCUCUACUUGCUAUCACAGAUCUGUCAUCAGAUUCCUUUAAAGCUUUGACUUUUCUAGACUUUUCUUAGCCUUACCAAUUUGUCUAGUGCCCCCGCCCCUAUGAAAUCUACACAAAAUUCAAUAAAGUUUUUUCUUAAUUAGGAUAAUAACCUG